CAUAAAUUAAAAUAAAUAAAAAUGGUGAGAGAAAAUAUAAAUAUAGGUGUGGAAAUGAUUAAACCAUCUUCUCCGACUCCGCCGCACCGGAAAAAUCUCCGGCUAUCGUUUCUCGACCAACUAGCGCCGCCAACGUACACUCACAUAAUUCUCUACUUCGAAGCUAAUGAUAAUAACUGCCAUGAGGGUUCCGACGAGACCUCUCGAAAGCUGAAACGAUCACUCUCCGAUGUUUUAGCUCUGUAUUAUCCACUCGCCGGGAGAAUCCGGCCGGAGGAAUCUUGCGUUGAAUGCAACGACGCCGGAGCUGAGUACUCGGAAGCCCGGUUUAGCGAGGAUAGAAUCUCCGACGUGGUGGAGAAUCCCGUCGUGGAGGAGCUGGCAAAAUACGUGCCGGCGGCGCCGUACGGCGGCGGAGACGUGCCUCUGGCGGUGCAGCUCAGCUUCUUCGGGUGUAAGGGAGUGGCCGUCGGCGUCUGCAUGUCGCACAGGGUGGCGGAUGCGAUGUCGCUGGUGAAUUUCGUGAAUGCAUGGGCGGCGGUUUGCCGCCGGGAUGCGAAGACUGUUGAUUUUAUCGAGCCCACCUUCGAUUUGGCCACCCGUUUCCCUCCGGCGGAUUUCUCCAGGUUUUUCCCGCCAGAGGCACCAUCUCCGCAGCCGCCGCCGCCGGAAAAGAUCGUAACGAAGAGGUUGAUAUUCGACGAGCAAAAACUCGCCGCCCUGAAAAAAGCCGCCGCUGGGCCGGAGGUGGAGAAGCCCACCAGGGUGGAGGCCGUCUCCGCCUUCAUAUGGAAACACCUCAUCGGAGCAUCUUCCGCCGCGGUGGCGGCGGAAGGUGGCAAGAAUAACAACGGAGGAAAAAACAGGGCUUUCGCCGCCAUCCACGCGGUGGAUAUAAGAUCACGAGCGAACCCUCCGCUUCCAAAUCAGGUUUUCGGGAACGCAUGCGCGAGGUCAAUGGCGAUGACCACCGCCGCGGCGGCGGCGGCGGAAGAAGAACGAAACUACAGCUACUACGACGUCGUAUUGAAGCUGAGAGAGGCAAUAAGAAAAGCCGACGCCGAAUACGUUGGAAAGCUCGAAAACGGAGACGAAUUCCUCGAACAUUAUUCCGGCACGGAGGAGAACGAUCCAUCUUUUAAGGAUGGGAGUAAAACACUGGAGAUAUGCUGUUUCACGAGCUGGUGCAGGAUGCCGGCUUACGAGGCGGACUACGGGUGGGGUAAGCCCGUCUGGGUUUCGAUAAUCGGAGUUCCGACGAGGAAGAAUUUAAUAUUCUUUAUGGGAUCGAAAUCUGGUGAUGGGAUUGAAGCGUGGCUGAAUAUGGCUCAAGAGGAUGCUGACGUCAUUCAGACCAAUUAUAAUCUUCUUUUUUCGUCAUCGUGACGUCAUCGUCGGAGCUGUACCGGAGAUGUGAAUCUAUAUAUAAUAUAUAUACAAUUCUGAAAUUUGGGUGUACUAGUGGAAUUAAUUGGUUUU